AAAAAUGUUUUGUAAAGCUCACCAGUCACCAGUAUAAUUCUCACUCAUGAUCUUCGUUUUCUUUAAGCUUUUCUUCCCAUUCCGUAUCUCUCUCUUAUCCUCUCGUUCUCACUCAAUAGCAUCUUUUCUAUAUUUUUCUUCCUCUUGUCAACAAAGAAAAAUCACAUAUAAAUAAAACCAAAACCCUAAUUUCAUAAAUAUAAAAAUAGUUCCCCACUUAUAUAUGCAAAAACCAGCAUCUACUGUCCUAAAUGUCAUAAUGGACGGUGGAGACAGCGUCGGAGGAGGUGGAGGAGACGAUCACCACCGUCACCUUCACCACCAUCACCGCCCUACUUUCCCUUUUCAACUCCUCGGAAAACGAGACCCCGACGAUCAACAACAACAACAACCUUCCCCCUCCUCCUCCUCUCUCUUCUCCCUUCAUCAACACCAACAACUAUCUCAAUCGCAAUCGCAACAACCGCAACCGCAGCAAAAGACGACGCAACCAACGCAGAAAGAGUUACAAACAACAACGCAAGAGGAUCAAUCUGCGGUUGCAGCCGCAGCUAAAAAGCCGCCGUUGAAACGAGCGUCCACGAAAGAUAGACACACGAAAGUAGACGGAAGAGGGAGGAGGAUAAGGAUGCCUGCGUUAUGCGCAGCUAGGGUUUUUCAGCUUACGAGAGAGCUUGGCCAUAAAUCCGACGGAGAAACCAUCGAGUGGCUUCUCCAACAAGCAGAGCCUUCCGUUAUCGCCGCCACCGGAACAGGAACAAUUCCGGCGAAUUUCACUUCUCUAAACAUCUCUCUACGUUCUUCAGGCUCCUCCAUGUCUCUCCCUUCUCAUUUCCGUAACGCAGCUUCCACUUUUAGCCCUAACAACAUCUUCUCUCCCUCUUCUUUACUUCAACAACAGCAACAAAGAAGUGGGUUUCAUCAUCAUCACCAGCAACAUCUACAAGGACGUGCAACGACGUCGUCUCUGUUCCCUGGAAUCGAUAACUUCACACCAACGACGUCGUUUUUGAACUUUCAUAGUCAGACCAAACAAGAAGGAGAUCAAGAUUCGGAAGAGUUAAACUCAGAGAAGAAAAGAAGACUCCAAACGACGUCGGAUUUGCAUCAACAACACCAACAUGAUCAAAUCAGUGGCUUAGGCUAUACUCUUCAAUCUAGCAACAGUGGAUCUACAACCGCUACAACCGCGCAAAUUCCAGGAAAUUUCUGGAUGGUUGCGGCUGCGGCUGCGGCUGGUGGUGGUGGUGGUAAUAACAACCAAACAGGAGGAGGUUCUGUUGGUAGCGGUGGAGGAGGCGGCGGUGGAGAGCCUGUUUGGACGUUUCCUUCGAUUAAUACAGCGGCUGCUGCGUUAUACAGAAGUAGCGUUUCGGGCGUUCAAGGCGGUGCGGUUUCGAGCGGUUUACAUUUCAUGAAUUUCGCAGCGCCAAUGGCGUUUCUUACUGGACAACAGCUAGCAACGAGUAGUAAUCAUGAGAUCAAUGAAGAUAAUAAUGAAGGAGGGAGAAGUGACGGUGGUGAUCAUCAUAACACACAGAGACAUCAUCAUCAUCAUCAUCAUCAACAGCAAGAACAACAGCAUAAUAUUCUCUCCGGUUUAAAUCAGUACGGACGGCAAGUUUCCGGCGAAUCUCAGGCUAGUGAUUCACUUGGAGGCGGUGAGGAGGAUCCGCAAGAUUAGUGACUCGAACAAUUUAAUCGUGGUGGAUUCGCCGCCGGCGGCGACUAUGUAAUACUUUUGUUUCGCCGUGAAUUUUUUUUUUAUUUUCUGUAGUAAAUUUUUUUUUGCUAAGUAAAAAACAAAAAUACGUGAGAACGUGAGAUUUUUUUAAUUUUAAUUUUUUUUUUUUUUACUUUUUGAUUUUAAAUUUGAGUUUUUCUUGUGAGUGAGUGAUUAAAUAGUACACGAGAUUUUUUCUGUCAGGUUUUUUGGAUUUUGAGGAGAAUAUGACACUUUUUUAUCAUUAUUAUUUUUUAAUGGUUUUUUAUUUGUUUCUGUUAGUGUCACUGUCUCGAUUCUCAAUCAUCUUGGUUUUCUUUA